CGCAAAGAAAGAAGUGAUGCACUAAACUCUGCGAUUGAUAAAAUGACCAAAAAGACCAGAGACUUGCGUAGACAGCUCCGCAAAGCUGUUAUGGACCAUGUAUCAGACUCUUUUCUGGAAACAAAUGUUCCACUUUUAGUAUUGAUUGAAGCUGCCAAGAAUGGGAAUGAAAAAGAAGUUAAAGAAUAUGCCCAGGUUUUCCGUGAACAUGCCAACAAAUUGAUUGAGGUUGCCAACUUGGCCUGUUCCAUCUCGAACAACGAAGAAGGUGUGAAAUUGGUUCGCAUGUCAGCCAGCCAGCUUGAAGCCCUGUGUCCCCAGGUCAUUAACGCUGCACUGGCUCUGGCUGCUAAGCCCCAAAGCAAGCUGGCUCAAGAAAACAUGGAUCUCUUCAAAGAGCAGUGGGAGAAGCAAGUCCGUGUGCUGACGGAUGCUGUUGAUGACAUCACUUCCAUCGAUGACUUCCUGGCUGUAUCAGAGAAUCAUAUUUUAGAAGAUGUAAACAAAUGUGUCAUUGCUCUCCAAGAAAAAGAUGUUGAUGGUUUAGACCGCACAGCUGGUGCAAUUCGAGGACGUGCUGCUAGAGUCAUUCAUGUUGUCACUUCUGAAAUGGAUAACUACGAACCUGGAGUCUACACGGAGAAGGUGUUGGAAGCGACAAAGUUACUGUCCAACACAGUUAUGCCGCGGUUUACUGAGCAAGUAGAAGCUGCUGUGGAAGCACUGAGUUCAGACCCUGCUCAGCCAAUGGAUGAAAAUGAAUUUAUUGAUGCUUCGCGACUGGUCUACGAUGGAAUAAGAGAUAUCAGGAAAGCCGUACUGAUGAUCCGGACUCCUGAAGAGUUGGAUGAUUCUGACUUUGAAACUGAGGAUUUUGAUGUCCGAAGCAGAACAAGUAUUCAGACUGAAGAUGAUCAGCUUAUUGCUGGACAAAGUGCGAGGGCUAUCAUGGCUCAGCUCCCUCAAGAGCAAAAAGCUAAGAUUGCUGAGCAAGUCGCAAGCUUCCAGGAGGAAAAGAGUAAAUUGGAUGCUGAAGUAUCAAAAUGGGAUGACAGCGGUAAUGAUAUAAUUGUUCUGGCAAAACAAAUGUGUAUGAUUAUGAUGGAAAUGACAGACUUCACCAGAGGUAAAGGUCCACUGAAAAAUACAUCAGAUGUGAUUAGCGCAGCCAAGAAGAUUGCAGAGGCUGGGUCAAGGAUGGACAAGCUGGGACGGACUAUUGCUGACCAUUGUCCCGAUUCUGCGUGCAAGCAGGACCUCCUGGCCUACCUGCAGCGCAUCGCACUCUAUUGCCAUCAGCUGAAUAUCUGUAGCAAAGUGAAGGCUGAAGUUCAAAACCUCGGAGGGGAGCUGGUUGUGUCGGGGGUGGACAGUGCCAUGUCUCUUAUCCAAGCAGCCAAGAACCUGAUGAACGCGGUGGUGCAAACCGUGAAGGCUUCCUACGUGGCAUCGACCAAGUACCAGAAGUCCCAGGGCAUGGCUUCGCUCAAUCUUCCCGCCGUCUCUUGGAAGAUGAAGGCUCCGGAGAAGAAACCCCUGGUCAAGAGGGAGAAACAAGACGAAACCCAAACUAAAAUCAAGAGAGCGUCCCAGAAGAAACACGUGAACCCGGUGCAGGCUCUCAGUGAAUUCAAAGCGAUGGAGAGUAUUUAAAGAGAGGUCUCUGUCUUGAUUAAUUUUUUUUCUCUAGCCCACUACUGCUACUUCCAGAACUCUACUUUUAAUAUCCUAAGGAUUUUUUCAGAAGUUUACUAUUCCUCAAAAUGUAUUUACUUAAUAUAAUUUUGAUAACUUUGUUUAGAUUAUGUGGGGAAAUACUCAGAUUUAUAAGUCCUAUCAGUAUAGCUUCAGCCUGCGGAAGUGUGUUAAUUUAGAUUGCUUUUAGAUGUCAGGGGUGUAUUUCUAGCGGAAAAUUAUUUUGUAUAAUCUUGCUUUAAAUAAAAUAUUCUAUAACCAAAGAGGA